AACGUGCCGGCGAUGUACGAGCUACACUUUGCCGUGCCCAUGGCAGGCGCGAUCCUCUGCACCUUGAACACACGGCAUGACGCGGCCAUGGUGUCCGCGUUGCUGAAGCACUCUGCCGCCAAGGUGUUGUUUGUCGAGUCAGGCCUCCUUGAGGUUGGGAGAGCUGCUCUGAAUAACCUCGCCGGCGACCAGACUAGCGCCACGGCCCUUCCGGUCCUCAUAACCAUCUCACACGAUGGAGGCUGCAUCAACUCCGCCUACAACGACUACGAGAGUCUCAUCACAGAAGCACCAUUAGGGUUCGACAUCCGUUGGCCCCUGAAUGAGUUGGACCCCAUCGCGUUGAAUUACACGUCUGGCACAACUGCGAGGCCCAAGGGCGUGAUCUACAGCCACCGGGGCGCGUACCUCAACACUAUUGCAACGGCUCUCACGUACAACAUCACUGUUACGCCGACUUACCUGUGGACCGUGCCGAUGUUUCACGCCAAUGGGUGGAACCUAUCAUGGGGCAUCGCUAUGCAGGGCGGUACCAACGUUUUCUUGCGCCACUUCACGGCAAAGGUCGUCUUUGAUAAGAUCUCACAACACAAGGUGACGCACAUGGGCGGGGCACCCACAGUUCUCAACAUGAUCGUCAACGCACCAAGUGGUGACCGAAAGCCACUGCCAGUGAUAGUACAUAUCAUGACCGGCGGCGCCGCACGGCCGCCUAACAUCUUGUCCGGGAUGGAGGAGCUUGGAUUCAUAGUAUACCAAAUGUAUGGUCUUACUGAGACUACCGGCCCGGCCACCAUCAACACAUGGAUGCCGGAGUGGGACACGUUGCCGACCGAGGAGCGCUCACGGCUCACGUUGCCGACCGACUGGGGUGAGACACCUUGUGCGUUCGUCAAGUUAAAGACUAACGUCGAUGCAACAGAAAUAGAGAUUAUAAACUACUGUCGGGAUAAGUUGCCACAUUACAUGGCACCAAAGGCGGUGGUCUUCGCUGACUUGCCCAAGACUUCGACAGGGAAGACUCAAAAGUUUAUUCUCCGUCAGAAGGCUCGGGCUAUGGGCAGCCUUGUGAAGACAUAAAAUAGCGCACGUGAGAUCAUUUGUCUUGGUCAAAAUAUGGUAUUGUAUCGUAUGGGGUGACUAUAGCUUAGAAACAGAAAUAUAUGACAAUGA